UGUGAAACACUGUGUUCAAGAUGGUGCCUUAUAACUUCACAUAAACUGUAUUCAUCUUUGUAUGAUCCAAAUGAAAAGACUUUUGAAAAACUCCUUAUUGCCAACAGAGGAGAGAUUGCAUGCAGAGUCAUCAAAACAUGUAAGAAGAUGGGAAUUAAAACAGUUGCCAUACACAGUGAUGUUGAUGCCAAUGCUGUUCAUGUGAAAAUGGCGGACGAAGCUGCCUGUGUUGGCCCAGCUCCCACCAGCAAAAGCUACCUCAACAUGGAUGCCAUCAUGGAAGUCAUUAAGAAAACCAGGGCCCAAGCUGUACACCCAGGAUAUGGAUUUCUUUCAGAAAAUAAAGAAUUUGCCAGACGUUUGGCAUCAGAAGGUGUCACCUUCAUUGGACCUGACACACAUGCUAUUCAAGCUAUGGGAGACAAGAUUGAAAGCAAAUUGUUAGCCAAGAAUGCAAAGGUCAACACGAUCCCUGGCUUUGAUGGAGUAGUCAAGGAUGCAGAUGAAGCUGUCAGAAUUGCAAGGGAAAUUGGCUACCCUGUCAUGAUCAAGGCCUCAGCAGGUGGUGGUGGGAAAGGCAUGAGAAUCGCUUGGGAUGAUGAAGAGACCAGGGAAGGAUUUAGGUUUUCAGCUCAAGAAGCUGCUUCAAGUUUUGGCGAUGAUCGCUUAUUGAUAGAAAAGUUCAUCGAUAACCCUCGUCACAUCGAAAUCCAGGUUUUGGCAGAUAAACAUGGUAAUGCAUUGUGGUUGAAUGAAAGAGAGUGCUCCAUUCAAAGGAGAAACCAAAAAGUUGUGGAGGAGGCACCAAGCACUUUUCUAGACCCUGAAACUCGAAGAGCAAUGGGGGAACAAGCAGUAGCUCUUGCCAAAGCAGUAAAAUAUUCCUCUGCUGGAACAGUAGAAUUCCUUGUGGACUCCAGUAAGAAUUUCUACUUCUUGGAAAUGAAUACUAGACUUCAGGUUGAACAUCCCGUCACAGAAUGCAUUACUGGGCUGGACUUAGUCCAAGAAAUGAUCCGUGUUGCUAAGGGUUACCCUCUCAGGCACAAGCAGGCUGAUAUUCCCAUCAACGGCUGGGCGGUUGAAUGUCGAGUUUAUGCUGAGGACCCCUACAAAUCUUUUGGCCUGCCAUCCAUUGGUAAACUGUCUCAGUAUCAGGAACCAUUGCACGUGCCAAGUGUACGUGUUGACAGUGGCAUACAACAAGGAAGUGAUAUUAGCAUUUAUUAUGAUCCUAUGAUCUCAAAACUGAUUACUUAUGGCUCUAAUAGAGCUGAAGCACUAAAAAGAAUGGAAGAGGCUUUGGACAAUUACGUAAUUCGAGGUGUGGCUCACAAUAUUUCUUUACUGCGAGAAGUGAUAGCCCAUCCACGCUUUGUUCAAGGAGACAUCAGCACUAAAUUCCUUCCUGAAGUCUAUCCUGAUGGCUUUAAAGGACACAAGCUGACAGAUCUUGAAAGAAGAGAACUACUGGCAACAUCAGCAUCUUUGUAUGUGGCUGAACAACUGAGAUCACAGCGUUUUCUAGGGACUCCAAGGGUGUUUCUAGCUGUUGUUGUCCUCUGUCCCAUCAUUGUCGACACCUUGAGACCUUCUGUUAGAACAGUGGAAUUUGUGAAACUUGCUUGGAUAUUUGGUGUUUGCAACUGUUGCAUACAGUGA